AUGCCCAAGUCCGGUGGUGCCCAGCCCGGCGGUCCUCUGACUUGCCCCUUCAACCCUAAUCACCAGCCAGCUGCCAGAUGGGACCCAGAUUUCCCUUACAACCACGCAAAGCUCGGUCUCCCAGGCAAAGGCAAAGGCGGGUAUAAAGUCCCUGCUGAUGGCGAUACUGCCCAUGCCUUCAUGCCGCCGACGGACAAAGACAUCAGAGGUCCUUGCCCUGGACUGAAUGCUUUGGCUAAUCAUAACUUUAUUGCCCGUGAUGGUAUUACCGAUUACAACGAGUUGCUCGACGCUCUUCAGAACGUCUACAACGUUGGCUAUGACCUGGCGAACUUCCUUGCCUUCUACGCCAUCUACGUCGCCGGCCUUGGAGAUCCCGUCACCAAGAAGCUGUCCAUCGGCUGUGAUGCCACCACACGUACCUCGUGGAGCCCAAUCAUCACUGGCAGCGAGCCCGGCCUGAACGGCCACAGCAAGAUGGAGAUCGACGCGUCACUCACCCGGAAUGAUUUCUUCGCUGCCGGUGGUGACAACUUCAGCUUCAACACUACCCUGUUCAAGAUGUUUGAACAGUCCACCAGUGGACUCUUUGACGUUGACCGAAUCUCCAAGUACCGUCAUGAACGGUGGCAUCAGUGCCAGGCUGAGAACCCACAAUUCUACUUCCCCAUCCUCGGCCUCUUCCAAUACGGCGCCGCCUCCUUCCUCUACGAACUCUGGCCGAAUGGAAAUGAGGGCUAUGUCCCCAACUUGCACAACACCGCCACUUUCUUUGGAGCCCACCGCCUCCCAGACGGCAACUACCUCCGCGUUCCUGAGCGUAUUCCCUCCAACUGGGUCAACCGCGAGAAUCCUUACUUCCUGCUAGACAUCGCCUCGGAGAUCUUCAAGAUGUACACCAAGAACCCAGUUGGCUUUGGUGGCAAUGCUGGAGGGGAGUUUAUUGGCAUCAACCACCCUCCUUACAUCAAUGAUGGUGCGCUCAAUGCCAAUACCACUGCCCAGGAUGUCACUUGUUUGUUGUAUCAGAUCCUCUCGAGGCCGGUUCCGAGCACACUGAAUGGUAUUAUUACUCCUUUGGUUGAGGCGACGGAGGCGCUUUUGAUCAGCUUGUUUGGGGUUGAGUAUAAUAAUUUGGGGUGCCCGCUGGCUUUGACGUGA